AUGUCAUUGCCAAAAGCAGUUUAUUCAUCAAGAGAUAUCGAAGAGAAGUUGUUUACUGUAGAUCCUAAUAAUUCUAGAUACCAGACAACUAAUGGUAAGACUACAGGGCCAAGUGAAUGGGUUUUGAAUGCUGGUCAAGUGGAUGUUGACAGACCUUCCGACCCAAGAGUUAAAGAUGAUGUAUCUGGGGAAUUGACAUACUUAAGUAAACUGAGAACCAAUUUGACUGGUCUACAGGAUGAUAUAAAUGAAUUUUUAACAGAUCAGAUGGAAUUAGCUAAGAAGAAGAGAAUAAAGAAUGAGAAGAGGGAAAUGCAAGAGCAAGAAAAGAGAAUAGAUGACGAGAUCAAUGAGUUACUGGAUGGUGGUGAUGGAGAAGAAGAAGAAGAUUAA